AUGGCCACCGCCACCACGACCUUGCCUGCUUGGUUGUUUAAUUCUUGUGGUUCUCUCAAUCAAGAACCUCCCCAUUCUAUAACUCAGAAAAGCAUCAAUGCACGCAUAUUGCACCUGUGCCGGAGUCAGUUGUUCGUUAUCCCAUAUGGUUAUCGUCACUGCCUCGGGCUUUAUCAACUCCUUCCUCAAGUAAUCCCGACAAAGAAGAUCAACAAAAAAGACCAAGUGGCAAUUGUAUAUGGACUUGGAGUGUGUACAGAGUAUGGUGGCUAUGUUAUAAAACCACUUGUUGGAGGGGAUCUGUCGAGGCUAACUGUUGUAAUAAGAUACCCUAAUGUUGUUCACCCCGAGAAUGUGAUGGCAUAUGAUAAUGCGAUUUCUACUUUGGGAAAAAUAUGUCAUUUUCAUCACGAUAGUAUCGACUCAGGUUAUUCUUGCAUGGUUAAGCUGUUUGCCAAUCAAAGAUCUUAUCGAAGCCAAAGUUGUUCAUGAGCUGUUAUGUUCAAUGGUCGAAAGGUCAGACACAGUACUUCUAGGACCGAACAACCAGUAUCUCCCUAAAAUUGUUUCUGUAUUUGCUGAGGUCUUGUUUAUGUGCAUAGUGUCAAGCAAAGUAGUUCGGACGUUGUGAAGGUGGGCAACAAGUUCUUGUAGUUCAACUAUUAUUUGUUGAUGACUUUCAUCUCUUUCACAUUUGAUGUAUUACGUUUGUCUACUAUUGGAAUGAUUAUUUGUAUGACAUUAACUUUUGUGC